GGAGGCCGGCUCGGAAUUAGCCUAAGUUAUUAAAGAUGGCGGCGGAGCGGUGUCGCUCCCCGAUGGACGCGCCGGUCCCGGCCUCGAUGUUCGCCCCCGAGCCCAGCUCCCCGGGGGCGGCCCGGGCCGCGGCGGCCGCCGCCCGCCUCCACGGCGGCGGCUUCGACUCGGACUGCAGCGAGGACGGCGAGGCGCUCAACGGCGAGCCGGAGCUGGACCUCACCAGCAAGCUGGUUCUAGUGAGCCCUUCGUCAGAGCAGUAUGACAGCCUGCUGCGGCAGAUGUGGGAGAGGAUGGACGAGGGCUGCGGAGAGACCAUAUAUGUCAUUGGGCAGGGAUCAGAUGGGACCGAGUACGGGCUGAGCGAAGCCGACAUGGAGGCCUCCUACGCCACGGUGAAGAGCAUGGCCGAGCAGAUCGAGGCCGACGUCAUCCUCCUGCGGGACCGGCAAGAAGCCGGGGGCCGCGUGCGGGACUACCUGGUCCGGAAGCGAGUGGGCGACAAUGACUUCCUGGAGGUCAGGGUGGCCGUGGUGGGCAACGUGGACGCCGGCAAGAGCACGCUCCUGGGUGUCCUGACGCACGGGGAGCUGGACAACGGCCGAGGCUUCGCCCGCCAGAAGCUCUUCCGCCACAAGCAUGAGAUCGAGUCGGGCCGCACGAGCAGCGUGGGCAACGACAUCCUGGGCUUCGACAGCGAGGGCAACGUGGUCAACAAGCCCGACAGCCACGGCGGCAGCCUGGAGUGGACGAAGAUCUGCGAGAAGUCCACCAAGGUCAUCACCUUCAUCGACCUGGCCGGCCACGAGAAGUACCUGAAGACCACCGUGUUCGGCAUGACGGGCCACCUGCCCGACUUCUGCAUGCUCAUGGUCGGCAGCAAUGCUGGCAUCGUGGGGAUGACCAAGGAGCACCUGGGCUUGGCGCUGGCGCUCAAUGUGCCCGUGUUUGUGGUGGUCACCAAGAUUGACAUGUGUCCCGCCAACAUCCUGCAGGAAACUCUGAAGCUGCUGCAGCGCCUGCUGAAGUCCCCGGGCUGCAGGAAGAUCCCCGUGCUGGUGCAGAGCAAGGACGAUGUCAUUGUCACCGCCUCCAACUUCAGCUCCGAGAGGAUGUGCCCGAUCUUCCAGAUCUCCAACGUCACCGGCGAGAACCUGGACCUGCUCAAGAUGUUCCUCAACCUGCUGUCACCACGCACCAGCUGCCGGGAGGAGGAGCCGGCCGAGUUCCAGAUCGACGACACCUACUCUGUGCCGGGCGUGGGCACCGUGGUGUCGGGGACCACCCUGCGCGGCCUGAUCAAGCUGAACGACACGCUGCUGCUGGGCCCGGACCCCCUGGGCAACUUCCUGUCCAUCGCCGUCAAGUCCAUCCACCGCAAGCGCAUGCCCGUGAAGGAGGUGCGCGGGGGCCAGACGGCCUCCUUCGCGCUGAAGAAGAUCAAGCGCUCGUCCAUCCGGAAGGGGAUGGUCAUGGUGUCCCCGCGCCUGAACCCCCAAGCGUCCUGGGAGUUCGAGGCCGAGAUUCUCGUCCUGCAUCACCCCACCACCAUCAGCCCCCGUUACCAGGCCAUGGUGCACUGCGGGAGCAUCCGGCAGACGGCCACCAUCCUGAGCAUGGACAAGGACUGCCUGCGCACCGGCGACAAGGCCACCGUGCACUUCCGCUUCAUCAAGACCCCCGAGUACCUGCACAUCGACCAGCGGCUGGUGUUCCGGGAAGGCCGCACGAAGGCCGUGGGCACCAUCACCAAGCUCCUCCAAACCACCAACAACUCCCCGAUGAACUCCAAGCCUCAGCAGAUAAAAAUGCAGUCGACGAAAAAGGGUCCCCUGACUAAACGAGAAGAGGGGGGCCCCUCCGGAGGGCUGGCAGGAGGGGCGCCCCCGCCGGGAGAAGACGCGAGCUCGCUCGGAGCUGCCCAGCCGUCCGCGCCCAGCGGCCUCCAGCCGCAGCCCAAGCCCAGCAGUGGGGGCCGGCGCCGAGGGGGCCAGCGCCACAAGGUGAAGUCCCAGGGGGCCUGCGUGACUCCUGCCGGCGGCUGCUAGACCCCCGCAGCCCACCCGCCCCGGGGUCCUCGGCCCCGCGUCACUCCAGCAGGUGGGCAGUGCCCC